CGAUGCUGCAGUAGCGGCACGGGCCAAUAUAUCACUAUUCGUCAUUGUUGAAGGUUAGAGGGAAAAGAGAAGAAAGCCCACGUAUUUUACGCGCAUUUGCCACUCGGAGUAGCAACCGGGCUUGCACACCACGGCGUUUGAAUGUCUGGAGACGGUGCGCGAAACGGGAAGGGGUGCUUUUCCAAAGUCGCGACAGAGGAGCAGACAAAAGUGUCCGACGUUUCACCGGUGUCAGGACGGGGCGAGCAGAACAACAUGAGCGAGAGAUUCGACUGCGACAACUGCAAGGAGUCCCUGUACGGGCGCAAGUACAUCCAAUCAGAGGACAGCCCCUACUGCAUUCCCUGCUACGACAGCCUGUUCGCCAACACCUGCGACGAAUGCAAGGAGCUGAUUGGCCACGACUCCAGGGAACUGUUCUACGAGGACCGGCACUACCACGAGCACUGCUUCCGCUGUUUCCGCUGCGACCGCUCGCUGGCGGACGAGCCCUUCACCAGCCAGGAGGAGGCGCUGCUGUGCAACGACUGCUACUGCAACGAGUUCUCCUCCAAGUGCGUGGCCUGCGACAAGACCGUCAUGCCAGGUACGGCCACGCCCUCGCACCUGCACCGGAAGCUGGAGUAUGGGGGCACGUGGCACGAGACCUGCUUCAUCUGCCACAGCUGUGAGCAGCCAAUCGGCUCCAAGUCCUUCAUCCCGGACAAGGACGAGCACUACUGCGUGCCCUGCUACGAGAACAAGUUCGCCCCGCGCUGCACCCGCUGCAAGCAGGUCUUGACGAAAGGGGGCGUGACCUAUCGGGAGGAGCCGUGGCACAAGGAGUGCUUCGUGUGCACGGGCUGCAAGGUCCAGCUGGCUGGCCAGCACUUCACCUCCCGCGAGGACAGCCCCUACUGCCUCAAGUGCUUCGGCAGCCUGUACGCCAAGAAGUGCGAGGCCUGCAGCAAGCCAAUCACAGGCUUCGGCGGGGGGAAGUACAUCUCGUUUGAGGAGCGGCAGUGGCACCAGCCGUGCUUCGCCUGCUCGCGGUGUUCCGUGUCGCUCGUGGGCGCCGGCUUCUUCCCCGCGCAGGACGAGAUCCUGUGCCGCGAGUGCAACAGCAGCCUAUAAGCCCCGCCCCCGCCCCCCGAGGCCACGCCCACCUCACAGCCUUAACACCAAACGAAAAAAAAAAAAAAAGCUUUAAAAAAAAAAAAUACUAAGGCCUGCUGGCUGAUGGCACCUCAGCUCCCUUUCAUCGUUUUACUGAGGCUUACGAAGGUGUUUACACUCCUUACUGUACCAAAGAGAGAUUUCACUAAUCACACACUUCCCCCGACCCACACACACACACACAUUCACAGCGUCUACACACAAGCAAAACCCUUUUUUUUAAUGUUUAGGGGAAGAAAAAAAAACAAAGCUGUUGCCAGUCUGCGGCCUUCAGUCGAAGCGUGGCUCGCUUAUCACAAAACAGUCCCCCGCUUCCCCACCUCAUCCUGCCGGUGCCGAUUGCCCGGGUUUCCCUUCAUCUGCAACAGGAGUUACGGAAACAGCUGGGGGGGAAGGGGAGCCGGGGCGGCCAUUGUGUGUCAAGCAGGCUUCACUCUGAAUCUGACAAACUCGUUGCCCCCGGCAGCAAACAAUGGCAGUCAGCUCCAGUAGCACUGCCUGCCUUUGCCACACCAGCACAAAAACGAGCGCCCAGCUGUGUUAAGAUAGCCAAACUGAAGAGGAGCGUGAAGAGUGUGAGCUGGGGCUGGUUUCCGUAGUCGUCCUUGUUGAGCCCGACCGUAAUCGAGGGAGUUUUGGGGACAAACCCCCCCACCCACCAAAUUUCGAAAAUACCAUAAAUCACGCUUUUAUCGACUACUGCCGUAUUCAGUCCCGAGUGUUCUGCACCGAGCAAGAUCCUCUGCAGCCAUCAGUCAGAAGUUACACUAUGAAACCUGGGUAAAUGUAAAUACCCCAAUCCACCUUUGAUGCAGUCACAUCUAUGCAUUUCCAAAUAGCCAAGACAUUGACGACAAAGCAAGAGGGUCUGUAUGAAGGGCACAUGCACACACAAACACACACGCUUGCACACACGCACACACACACAGCACAUGCACACACACACACACACACACAUACACACACACAUACAUGCGCAUACACACACACAUGCACUCAUGCACACACACACAUGCACGCACACACAUACACACACAGCACAUGCACACACACACGCACACGCGUACACACACACACACACUUUGUCAAGCCACAAAAGGACAAAAAAUAUUUUAUUUUGCUGUCACAAAACACACUUUUCGCUCUUUCCACCUCUUCGAUUUUGCACGAAUGCCUCACCAAACUGCUGAAGCAAAGACACACACGACCAGCCACAAAAUUGUUUAUAUUCCUGUACGUCUGAGUGGAUGAAGAUUUGUUCCCACGCCUAAUUUUUUAUACUGUACACUGCACCAAAAGCCUUGCUGUGUAAUUUGUGUUUCAUUCACCUAUUUUAAGCACACUGUUAUGUUGAGGAUCUAUUUCUCACACGUCUGCUUUAGGAUGCAGUUUCUGAAUGUGUGGACUUUUCGCCAUGGAUGCCUGGAACUUUUAGACAUGAUCUUUUACUGAAAAAAAAAAUAAAAAUGAAAGUAUGAUGGUAAGAUAGUGAGAGAAUGCGAAGGAAGAAUGAAAAAAAAGGCAGGAUUAAGAGAACGGGAACUUCUGGGGGUGGUUGGAGUUCAUUCUCUUCAGAUGUUUUCAGCACAGAAAACAAGCCGCAUUGAGAGAUGUUCGUAUUUUAUACACACAAAGCAUGGCACACUGUGUUGAAAUAUGUUCUCGAAGCAUAAUCAAUGCACAUAACAUGCACGCUACGACGUAACAUAGAGUCACAUGACCACUAAUUAUUAUUCUUAUAACAGCUGUAUUGAAAUUGAUUUUCAUUUUGGUGUUUUGUUUUUUACAUUUUCUAUUCAAAUCUUAUCUGCUAAUUGACUUAAUGCUUAUUUUACACUUUUAUUUCUUGUCUUCUUUGUAUGCUAUCUUUAUUAGCAGUACCAUUUUGUUUUAUAGCCAUUAUUAUAAUUGAUAAGAAUGAAUGGGCUAGCCCCAAAGUCACUGCACUGCAUUAUGCAAAUAUGUUAACCAAUGAUAUGCAAUGCAUGACGUCAUUCAUGUUGUUUUUCUUUAUAUUUGUGAUAAUAAUUAUUGUUGUUACAAGUUGGUCACCUAUGGAAAAGUUCUUUUUUUAAUAAAAGUAAACAUAUAUUCCUUUAUUUGAAUUUUGAUGCUGGGAAGUCAGAGUUGACUUAAAUGCUUUUUUGUGCCUUAAAAGAGAGAAAAAAAAGAAAGAAAAGAAAGAAAAAAAACAUGCCUUAGAUUUCAGAGCAUGAUUAAAAGAAUGACUUCAAAACAGAACAAGAAUUUAUUUGUACAAGAAAAAUGUUCCUUUAUAUGAUUUGUUUAUAGAAGCCUAUGAGAAUAAAUUUAAAAGAAAAAU